GUAGAAGAAGAUCGUCGUUUCUCGAUACGCAUAGUCCCGACCAUCCCCCAUUGAUUUGAUUUAGUGAAAUGCAAUCCCUUUGCGGGAGGGUUCGAUUGGUUACCAGGCACACAGUCGACAGCUCAAAGUAUGUUGAUUUUAAACCAACUAGAGCAAGUCCGAUAGUCAUUGAUCGUGGAUUGAGCUCUUUGGAAUUGAAUUCAUUCGUUCUUAAUGGAGUGGCAGUUGCUAACAACUUCUAUGGGUAUUCGGUGAAUUAUUUCAUGGGAUAUUCAUUGCAGUUGCCCCCCAAGUUCGCUUCUUGCUCGCACCCAAAGAUUUGUACGAAAACAGACUUGUUGGGAUUAUCUAUGAAUAAUAGGGUUGCUUCAGUAGCACUGUUUCAUGGAGUUCCUAGGCCUUGUGUGUUUCAAUUCUCUACAAGGUUACCAACUUGUCCUAGUAGGUGCAUCACAACAACUGGUUAUUCAGUGGAAUCCAUUUCUCAAGAUACUUCCUCUUCCAUGUCUGAUGUAGUGCCACGCCUCAAAUUUAAGAGGCUUGACAAAACAGCAAGGCACAUAAUGCAGAUUCUUGAUAAGGAAGCAGUGGAGGAAGUAAGGGUAAAAAGAGAGAUACCUGAUAUAAGGCCUGGUUAUAUCAUCCAGCUCAAAGUGGAAGUUCCUGAGAACAAGAGACGUGUUUCAAUAUUAAAAGGCAUUGUUAUAGCAAGACGCAAUGCGGGUCUCAAUACUACAUUAAGAUUAAGAAGACUAGUUGCCGAAGUUGGGGUUGAAUCUCUCUUUCCUUUGUACUCGCCUAAUAUCAAGGAGAUAAAGGUGCUGGACAAGAAGAAAGUGAGGAGGGCCAAGCUUUACUAUCUCAGGGAUUAAAUGAAUGCACUCAAGAAACAUUGACAACAACAUGAAGCUACUGGAGUUGGAAAGUUGUGUUCUUGGGGAAAGAUGGUGGGGUUGGAUCUUGUUGGACAAAGGAUCGUCCACUAGAUAACCACACAAAACACCAAAUAUGACCAUAGUAUUGUCAGCAAGUUUGUAUGUGGUAUGAUAAUCCGAUAUGAAAUUGGCAUAAAAUUAGUGAGUUAGAGCUAAUUAAUUUUUAACAUGCACUAAAAAAUGAUGACUCACCAACGGGUCUUAAUGUAAAUGAGUUGGAUUAGUGUCAAACAUCAAUAAAUUUAUGUUAAUUCGAU